AUGCCCAAGAGAAAGGCUGAAGGGGAUGCUAAAGGCGAUAAAGCCAGGGUGAAGGACGAACCACAGAGAAGAUCCACGAGGUUGUCUGCUAAACCUGCUCCUCCAAAGCCAGAGCCCAAGCCUAAAAAGGCCUCUGCAAAGAAGGGAGAGAAGGUACCCAAAGGGAAAAAGGGAAAAGCUGAUGCUGGCAAGGAAGGGAAUAACCCUGCAGAAAAUGGAGAUGCCAAAACAGACCAGGCACAGAAAGCCGAAGGUGCUGGAGAUGCCAAGUGAAGUGUGUGCAUUUUUGAUAACUGCGUACUUCUGGUGACUGUACAGUUUGAAAUACUAUUUUUUAUCAAGUUUUAUA